UCAGUUCGUCUUCUACGCCUUUCAACUCUCGCAAAUAUAUUUUCUCUCUCUCUCUCUCUCAAACAAAACUCCAAACCCAAAAAACCUACAAAUCCUACCUUUCCCCACAUUUGCCAAAAACCUUUUCACUUUCGCCCUUCGGAGAACAAAGGAAGAAAGAAACACCACCAUGUGUGGAGGAGCUAUAAUCUCCGACUUUAUCCCGCCGAGCAGGUCGGGAAGGGUCACUGCAGAUUACUUGUGGCCCAAUCUCAAGAAAUCCAUCUCCGGGAGGCGAUUCUCGAAGCCUCUGGUCGACGACAACAUCGACGAAUUCGAGGCCGAUUUUCAGGAUUUCAAGGACGAUGUAUCAGAUGUCGAGGACGAGGAGGAGGUCGUCGUGGCCGAUGUCAAGCCCUACGCUUUCUCUGCUGCUCGCAUCCCUGGAUCUAAGGCAGUAAAAUCUGUGGAAUUCAAUGGGCAAGCUGAGAAAUCUGCUAAGAGAAAAAGGAAGAAUCAGUAUCGGGGAAUCCGGCAGCGCCCAUGGGGUAAGUGGGCUGCUGAGAUUAGAGAUCCAAGGAAAGGUGUUCGUGUCUGGCUUGGAACUUUUAACACUGCAGAAGAAGCUGCAAGAGCUUAUGAUGCUGAGGCACGGAGAAUUCGUGGAAAGAAAGCUAAGGUGAAUUUCCCUGAUGAGACUCCCUGUGCUUCUCCAAAGCGCUCAGUUAGGGUAAAUCUGCAGAAGCCACUUCCCAAGGCAAAACUAAAUUCUGUCCAGCCCAACCUGAACCAAAAUUUCAAUUUCAUGAACAACUCUGAUCAGGAGUAUUCCAUGGGUUUGAUGGAGGAGAAACCUUUUACCAAUGAGUACGGCUAUAUGGACUCCAUCCCUGUCAAUGGAAAUGUUGGACUCAAUUCCUUUGUUUCCUCUGAUGCUACCCCCAUGUACUUUAAUUCCGAUCAGGGUAGUAAUUCAUUUGAUUGUUCUGACUUUGGAUGGGGAGAACAGGGCCCUAAGACCCCGGAAAUCUCGUCUGUUCUUUCAGCUACUCUAGAAGGGGAUGAAUCUAAGUUUUUGGAGGAUGCUAACCCAAAGAAGAAACUGAAGUCUGAGUCUGGGAAUGCAGUGCCUGUUGAAAAUAACACUGCAAAUACACUGUCUGAGGAGCUCUCUGCUUUUGAGUCCCAGAUGAACUUUCAGAUGCCAUAUCUCGACGGAAGUUGGGAUGCUUCAAUUGAGACAUUGUUUAGUGGACAGACAACUCAGGAUGGUGGAAACCCAAUGGAUCUUUGGAGCUUUGAUGACCUACCUUCCAUGGUUGGGGGAGUUUACUGAGCAAACUUUUCCCAUGCUUGCUAGUUAUGUAAAUAAGGCUACAUGUUAGAAUGGUUGUCGUAUGUGAUGGAGAUUGACAAAUUGAGCAUGCGUUGAGGCUUUUCAUGGAUGAUGUGUUGAAGUAGCUACUGUUGUAUGAGGAGUAUAUAGGUAUUUAGGUUACCUUUUUACCUUGAAGACCUUGAAUUUGAAAUUAUGGAUUUAAUCUUUGUACUGAUGAUGGUGUGUGAUCUGUGAUAAAAAUACUAGAACCUGAUGAAUGUAAACUUUGGUAUUUGUUUGCAUCUUGGUUCUUUCACAAGAGGCCAUCCAUUUUUGGAUUGUUCAUUUGUUCUGAUUGGUAUAUGCUGUAGAUUUCCUACUGCUUUGAAUGGUCCACAGCAAUACAACAAUUUCUUUGCUUCUGCUCUA